CAAUGCCAAGGUGUCGUCGACGUUCCCGAUCGUGUACUGUUCGGACGGCUUCUGCGAGCUGACGGGGCACGCUCGCGCCCAGAUCAUGCAGAAGGGGUGUGCGUGUCGCUUCCUGUACGGCCCGGACACGGCCGAGGAACACCGCCAGCAGAUCGAGCUGUCGCUCGAGAGCAAGACUGAGCUGAAGCUCGAGGUCAUGUUCUACAGGAAAAACGGCUCGCCCUUCUGGUGCCUGCUGGACAUCGUGCCGAUCAAGAACGAGAAGCGGGAGGUGGUGCUCUUCCUGGCGUCCCACAAGGACAUCACGCCGACCAAGGUGGCGCAGAUGUCCUCCUUGCCGUAUGAGGAACCCGAGGAGGAGCGGUUGUGCGGCGACGGAGAGCACGAUCCGAACGGUAACGAGCUGGACGUGGAGGCUCCGCCGAUCAACUACCAGCGGCGUCGGUCCCGCGCCGUGCUCUACCAGCUGUCCGGACACUACACGCAGGAAAGGAAGUCCAAGAUCAAGCUCAAUAACCACCCUUGCCCGAGUACAAAACUGUGUCAGCCCAAACGAUCGAAGUUCGUCCUCUCUCAUUAUGGAAUUUUUAAGUCCUGCUGGGACUGGCUGAUCCUCGUCGCCACGUUCUACGUGGCCGUGGUUGUGCCGUACAACGCCAGCUUCGUCAUGGAUCGUGACAGGCCGUCGGUGGUCAGCGAUGUCGUGGUGGAAGCGCUGUUCCUCAUUGACAUCGUCCUCAACUUCCGCACAACGUACGUGAACAAGAAAGGUGAGGUGGUCUCCAACCCGCGCUACAUCGCCACCAACUACCUAAAGGGCUGGUUCAUCGUGGAUCUGCUGGCGGCGCUGCCGUUCGACCUGCUGUUCGCGGCGGACGUCUACAGCUCGCUCCGACGGGUUCUUAACUUGAAAGACGAGGAGACUCCGAUCCACCUGCUGAAGCUGACGCGCUUGCUACGGCUGGUGCGACUCCUGCAGAAGAUCGACCGCUACACCCAGUACAGCAGCAUGAUACUGACACUGCUACUCGUGCUGUUCUCGCUGGCUGCUCAUUGGCUGGCCUGCGUGUGGUACGUGCUGGCCGACCGGGAGCGCCAGCAGCACUCCGCCGACUGGGACAUUGGCUGGAUACCACAACUGGCAGAGCGGCUGCACCUGUCCGUGGACAACGUCACGUCCGAGAUGUCCUACAUCACGGCCCUUUACUUCACCUGCACCAGCCUCACCAGCGUGGGCUUCGGAAACGUGUCCGCCAACACCAACAGCGAGAAAAUCUUCAGCGUGGUCGUAAUGCUGGUUGGAGCCCUGAUGCACGCUGCAGUGUUUGGAAACGUCACGGCCAUAGUUCAAAGGAUGUAUGCAAAGCGCUCCUUGUAUGAUUCCAAGUGGAACGAUCUGAAAGACUUUCUCACACUGUAUCAGGUACCCAAGGAACUAAAGCAAAGAAUACAGGACUACUUUCAAACAAUGUGGUCUCUAAAUCAUGGCAUAGAAAUGGGUGAGAUUCUGCGCGACUUUCCGGAGGAGCUGCGCGGGGACGUCUCGAUGCACAUCCACCGGGAGCUGCUGCAGCUGCCCAUCUUCGCGACGGCCUCCACCGGUUGCCAGAAGCUGCUCUCGCUGCAUGUCAAGGACAGCUUCUGCGCGCCCGGCGAGUACCUGGUGCACUGUGGCGACGCCCUCCACUACAUCUACUACCUCUGCAACGGCAGCAUGGAAGUCGUGCAGACCGACAUGGUGGUCGCUAUUCUAGGAAAGGGCGACUUGGUUGGCUGCGACAUCCAGCGCCAGCUGCAGGACGGCAGCGACGUCAUGGUCAAGUCCAGCAGCGACGUGCGGGCGCUCACCUACUGCGACCUCAAGUGUCUGCACAUCGGCGGCCUGGUGGAGGUGCUGAAGCUCUACCAGGACUUUCAGCAGGACUUCAGCAACGAUAUUCAGCACGACCUCACCUACAACCUGCGCGAGGGCUACGAGGCUGACGUCUCCUCGGACACGGAGAACAGCGUGGGCGCCGGCCACACACUGCCUUCCAUCAGCGAGGACAACGAGGCCGAGGAGGAAGCCGAGGAGGAGGACGAUCCUCCGCUGUCGCCGCAGAGUCCGCAGCUGCGCCGGCCCGGCAAUGGCCGCAUGUUCAGUGAGGACUCGGAGCCGCUGCUGCGGCCACGCCGCGAGCGCAGCCCGGUGGGUGGGCCCCGCUCGUGCUCGCUCUCGCCGAUGGUCCUCCGGCUGCGGCGGCUCGGCUCGCUCGACAACAUGACGUCAGAGCGGCAGCGUGACCGGCCCGCCGAUGACGCCGCCUCCAAGGUCGACCAGAUCCACGACCAAGUACAAACUGCUGUUCAGCUCUUGCGGACGCUCACUGCGAUGAAGCCCCCUUGCGCCACCUGUGAUCAAGGAACACAAACUGAGUUUCCAACGAGAAUGCUUGAGGAGUUCGUGUCGCGCAACAAGGAACGAGUGUUAGCGUUGCUGGGCGUCGGCACGGACAACAAAGUGUUGAGCGCGUCUCCCAGCCUCCGCUCGCCUCAGCGAGGGGUGACCUUCGCCCUCGGACUCGGGUCAGGCAAGACAGAGACGUCGCUUCGGGCACGCGCGCCCUCCCAAGUCACGGACUUCUAGCCCGCCCCGCCCGCGAGUGGACCGCACUUACAAGGCGCGCGCCCGCUCGAGAGCACUUGUUCUAUCUUUGAGAGUUGUUUGUUUAUACCGAGAGUGCCUGUGAAAUGGCUGAAAGGUUCUCCGUUAGAACGCACACUAUGUACCCGAUUAUCAGUGGAAGCACGGGUCAGCGCCGGGAGCGAAUCGUGCGUUGUUUCGAAUGGAGUAUAUUGCGACGCGUUCAAAUAUCUUCCUGUACAUAUUGUUCGCAUGUGUCCCUACGUUCCCUAAACAUGCCCGGAUAAAUACAACAUACCAGCUCA